CGCUGUUUGUCUGUCAUCCUGUUCCGAAAUAAUUCUGCGGCUAUGUUGUAAGCAAAGUAAACAUGAUGAUUAAGUGUGUUCUACGUAUUUAACCAAACAAGAUGUCAUCGAAACACCUCCCUAAAGUCAUUUCCCACAGAGGAAGAACAACAACAGAAGUUGAGCGUGAAAAUUUUGAGAAAACACAAACUGUUGCUAUAAACAAAGCUAUCAACAACCAGGAAGCACCUGUCAAAGAAAAACAUGUAAGAACGACAGUGCUGGGAACAUUCCAGGACAAUGGGGCGGGGCUGUUCUGGAGUGUGGCAACCAAGCUUCCUGUCCAGGGAAAUCCCAUCGUGUGCUGGAAAUUCCUCCAUGUUCUCCACAAGAUAUUCCGGGAGGGCCAUAAACAUAGCAUGCACGAUUCAUGGAGAUAUUCAUCCCAUUUAACAGAUUUAGGAAAAUUAUGGAGCCACUUGCGCGAAGGUUAUGGCCGCCUGAUUGGAGGCUAUUGUGCGCUGUUAGUACAGAAACUAAAAUUCCACAAAAAGAACAACCAUAUACCAGGAAGUCUGACAAUGUCCGACGAACAAUUCUCCAAAAUCUGUGGAUCCGACGUAAACAAUUAUUUUGAGAUAUGUGUCGACAUGCUGGACUACAUGGAUGAAAUCCUUAACCUCCAGCAACAUGUAUUUGGUUCUCUGGAUAUGUCCAGAUCCAACUCCAUGACCAACUCGGGCCAGUGCCGAUUAGCUCCCCUGAUUCUGUGUAUCCAGGACUCUUGUCAGCUGUACGAUUAUAUAGUCAAAUCUCUGUUUAGACUACAUUCUAGUCUCCCUCCAGAUACAUUAUCGGGUCAUAGGGACCGGUUUUUAUCGGCGUACAAACGUCUUAAGCAAUUUUACCUCAGCAGCAGUAACUUACAGUACUUCAAAAAUCUAGUCCAGGUGCCGUUUUUACCCGAAGAACCACCUAAUUUCUUGAUCGCCUCUGACUUUAACAAACAUGUGAAACCUGUGGCUGUUGUUCCCACGGAACCAGAGCCAGAACCUGAACUCGAAACUCCGGACACGGACAGUAUCGGAGACCUGGUGGACACUUCCCAUCCCCCGCAGUUUGCUGAAACUUUCGGCAAUGGCUUUGGUCCUCCAGAGACAGAUGAAAGAGAUUUGUUGAUUGAGCGGUUGACGCGGGAGGUCCAGCAGCUGAGAGCGGAGCUGGAGAGGGUGAGAACGGAGGAUAUGAAAAUCAUCACAGCUCAAAAAGAGGAGAUUGCAAAGUUGGAAAAAAUUCUAUCAGAACUACGUCUAUCUGCAGACAAGUCCCUAAAGGAAAAUGACAGUCUGAAGAAAAAGCUUGAAGAAGCCAGUGUACAUGCAGGUGCUUCAGUUAAACUGUCCGAGUCAGAAAAAGCGACAAAAGCCAAUGAAGAAAAAUUCAAGAAAAUGAAAGACAUCUAUGGAAAAUUACGAGAGGAGCAUGUCAACUUGUUGAGAACGAAUGCCGAAACGACAAAAAAAUUAGAAGGACAACAUAAAUCACUUGAAGAAAAAGAACAGUUGCUGAAGGAGUCCCACGGCGACAUACAAAGAAUGGAAAACGAACGGAAGGUGCUGCAGGAGAGUCUUCAGCAGAGUGCCGACGAAGUCACAUCACAACUCGCCUUCGCCACGUCCAAAAAUACGGAGCUUGAAAAAACAGAAGAGCAACUGGAACACAAGGUAAAAACCCUGGAAGAGGCCAAGUCUAGUCUGAUGUCACAGCUACAGACAGUGGAAGAAGAAACCUCAGCCCUACAGACAAAACUCAACGAGGCAAACGAUGCCCGCCAACACACGGAGACCGAACUGUCAGGGGAAAUAACUACCCUGCAGGGUCAGCUCCAGCAGAUAAAGGAGGAGAGGGAUGCUCAAGGGGCACAACUCUCGCAAGAAAUUGGGGAUCUCAAGAGUAAGUUGGAGGAGAGCGUUACAGAGAAGAAGUCGAUGGAACAAGACUUAAACCAGCAACUCGCUGACCUUCGGGCUAAACUGGCCCAGACAGUGACCGACAAGGAGAGCACGGAGGAAAGGCUGACCGGGGACAUCAACUCCAUUCACUCAACGAUGCUAGCAAAGGCUGUGGAAGAAGGCAGAGGGUUCAUACAAGAUGCACUAGACCAAUUUGAAAAUCCAACACACAUUGCUGUCAAGUGUACUGCAGAAUUCCUCCUGAUGCGGGCAGAGCCUGUACUUACCUGUCUGGACAGCCUGAAGAAUGCACACAGUAUCUACAGUAUCGACAAGAAGGACCUGGAGGCCCUGGUGAAAUCCAUCACAUCAUACUCUCAUCACAUGGGUGACUGUGUGCUGCACGGCAUCGCCACCACCCACUCCGCCCAGCUGGAGGCUGGGGAAGAACUUGGAAAUGCCUGCAGAGAAGCAGGUGAGAUGGGUCUCAAACUGCUGGACGCCAUUGAAGCAGGAGGAUUUGUCAACACAGAGGUGGAUCAGACGGCGCAGAGCGUGAAGAAACUGAUGCACCUCGCCGAGGCUCUCGUCCCAAAGAUGGUGGAUAUCAAGGAGGGAGAAAUCGGUGACUUGGUGGAGAACGAAAUGAGUGCCACUCACUCGGCAAUCGAGCAGGCCGCUCAGAGGAUCGAGGAAAUGCUUCACAAGAACAGGUCUGAUAACUCCGGCGUGGAACUUCAGGUCAACGAAGGAAUAUUGGACUCUUGUACGGGACUCAUGGAGGCUAUCAAGAUUCUGCUAUCCAAGUCCCACGACCUACAGAAAGAAAUAGUGUCUCAAGGACGAGGAACAUCGUCUAGUAAAGAAUUUUACAAGAAGAAUCAUAGAUGGACGGAAGGUUUAUUAUCAGCAGCUAAAGCUGUAGGCUUUGGUGCUACAACUCUCAUGGAAGCUGCUGACAAAGUUGUGAAGGGGGAGGGGAAAUUUGAGGAACUCAUUGUUUGCUCAAACGAGAUCACCGCCAGUACGGCACAGCUUGUCGUCGCGUCCAAGGUCAAGGCCGACCGUCGCAGUGAGAAGCUCAAGGCUUUGUCGGAGGCCUCCAAAAGGGUUUCUUCAUCCACAGGCAAAGUAGUGGGUUCAGCACGGGAAGGGUCACAGAGGAUAGAGGAACAGAGUCUGAUGGACUUUUCCAAGCUCACACUACAUCAGACAAAGAAGAACGAGAUGCAGUCCCAGGUGCGAUUGCUGGAGCUUGAGAAAGAGUUGGAGCAGGAAAGAUUAAAAUUAUCAGAGCUGAGGAGACAACAUUACCAGCUGGCAGGGGAGAGUGAAGGCUGGGAAGUGGGACAGGACUCGGAGGAAGCUGGAUCAGGCGACACCCCUCAUGAUGCUGAUGGAUAUACUCCGUGGGAUCAAGGGUCAUUUAUGUGACCCCACUGUAGGGUCAUCGAGUAAAUGAAAGCUGAAAUGAGAGGGAAAGACAAACUCAUAUCUACGUGUACUGGAGAGAAACAUUCAAUCAUAUUUACGAAAUCUCAGUCCCUAUAUGUGCAGUCUCGGCCAUGGAGGAAACUGUCAAUAUGUCAGAACAACAGGUCGAAAUAUUUUGAUGACAUGAUUGUGUUGUCAGAUGUCACCAUUUUUGUGUCAAUUAUUCACCAAAUUGUAUCUAUUUUCUGGAAAUGUCAUUAAUUCCUGUGAGUUUAUGUCAAUGAUCUUCACCCAGUCAAUAUUUGUUUACGAUGAUUAUGUCAAUAUUUGUUUACGAUGAUUAUGUCAACAUUUGUUUAUGUGAUUAUGUCAACAUUUGUUUAUGAUAAUUGUAUCAACAUUUGUUUAUGGUAACUGUGUCAACAUUUGGUCACAUAUUAUAUUGACAUUUGAAUGUUGACAAAAAAAUGUUUUAUAUAUUCAAUUAAUAUAUCAUUGUGUUGACAUUGUGUUGACUUUUCACAAUCUAUACAAAUAUUUUGUAAUGCUAAAGUAAAACCAACAUGUAACUGCCUGAAGUAAUUAAGUGUCUUGGUGUCAAUGUUGUAAGUGUCAACAUCUUGUUGACAGUAUUAAGUUGACCUUUUGUGACAUUUAAUCAUGUUUGAAGGAUGUCAAUUGAAUUUUGAACCAGCACAGCUAGGAUUGUGCAUGGUCAGGUAAUGAACCACAGAUCAAAUAAGUCUGCAUAUACUUUUCAGCAAUUUUUGCUGAAUUAAUGAAGAGCUUGUUGCCAACAUUAUUCUCUUGGAAACAAGAUUAUAAAAUGUAGACGUAGUUCUUUUUGAAGAAUUCAAUCUUUUCAUUAUAAAUAUAUAUAUGUGAACAUUUUGAUAAUGUUGUGAUUUUAACAGAAGUUGACAUUAAAUACCCUCACAUGAGGGAAACUGAUGUUGACAUUAAAUACAUUAACAUGAGGGAAACUUGUUAACAGAAGUUGACAUUAAAUACAUUAACAUGAGGGAAACUUGUUAACAAAUGUUGACAUUAAAUACCCUCACAUGAGGGAAAUUGAUGUUGACAUUAAAUACCCUCACAUGAGAGAAAUUUGUUAACAGAUGUUUACAUGUCAUCAUUUUGUCAUCAUUCCUUUCCACACAUUGUGUUUAUUCCUCGUCUGUUCACAUCAAUUUGUCCACAAAUCAUUCUCGGCAUUGUGUCAUCAUGAUAUUUAUUACAAUGUGAGGGUACACACUGAGUUAUGUCAACGUAAUUUCACACGGUCAGAUAAUUGUAUGAAUGAAUGAUGAUAUCUACUUUAAUUUCAUCUUGUCAACAUUGUAAUUAUCAAUAUAAACAAUUAUAUAUGUAGCUGGAAAUACUGUUUAUUUGGUAUUUCUCAGGGGGUUUGAGUCUCAAAAUCAUUGUUCAUGCGGUUAAAAAAAGGCACAGAGGACUACACCUCCAGUUUGAGUCUGUCACAAAUUAUAAACUCAGAUUACGGACAGAUUCACAAAUUAUAAACUCAGAUUACAGACAGAUUCACAAAUUAUAAACUCAGAUUACAGACAGAUUCACAAAUUCAUUAAAAGAUCAUAAAAAAAAUGUAGGGAUAUGCUCAUUAACAACAGAAAAUAUUGUAAAACUGACGCUACGGUUCAAUUCCAAUACUCUCAUUGUUAAAAUCAGAAAAUUUUGUUAAAAACCCAUACAACCCUCGAGUAACAGUUUUUUAACAUACGGUACUGGAAAUAUCUAAUUCAGUUUCUAAAUUUGACUGAAUAGAAGCGAAAGAUGUUUCCGUAAUCCGAAUUUGUUCAUUGCAAUUUUUGGUAUUUGACAGACAUUGCAUAUUGAGAAAUUUUUUAGAGUGUUAUAAUCUUUGUCAUCAUAACACACAAAUCUUUAAACACUUGGUAAUUUAAGCAGAGGCAUCGAUCUUUAGUAGAUGCAGUGUUAUAUGCAUCAAAACUGGGUCAACCUGACCUUUGUUUGACCUCUAUUGCGUAAAGAACUCGCCCUGAAGCAGAAGGUUCAUAUUUAUUGUAUUUUACUGCAAGGAAGCUCAGGGGCUUCUCUUAAAAUUCAGUCAAUGGGAGGGCUGGGUUUAUUACAAUUACUACACCCUAUUUAUACAUAUACUCGGAUUACAGGGUUGUUGUAAAUGGAAAGACGUCAGAAGCUCAUUAAUAGAUAAGUCGGUUUUCCUUAAUUGACACGCAUUCCCUGGUUAAAAUGAACAAAUUUUGGCUACCGGGUAUAUUUUGGUACCCAGCAGCUUCAAACACGAUGUUUCCAUACUUUUUGUAAAGAGGAAAAAAUCUGAAGUAUUUUAGAAAUUUAAAUUGACAAUCACACAAAACACCAAAAUUCAACAAAGUUGCCUGGUUUAAACAUUAGUGUAAGUGUUGAAAAUCUUUUUAAUGUAACAAAAAUCAAUUUUGGGAG